CAAGGUUGACACAUAAUACAUUAAAGAAACAAAAAAUGGAAUGUAGAAAUAAUCAUAUAUAGAUUUUAUCACGCGUUUCAGGAUUUGCGUUUGAAUGUUCCUUUUCUUUAAGAUGGUUUAUAACAUGGGGUUCAAUUAAUUUUGAGAAUGAUCAAAGAAAAUGGGUUUUCUUGGAAGUUUGUUAGGUAUUUUUGGCUUUGGAAUUGGAAUUUCAGUAGGUCUGGUUAUUGGUUAUUUCUUGUUCAUACACUUUGAGCCCAGAGAUGUUAAGGAUUUACCAGAGAGUACACCACUUGAUGAAAUUGAACCAAGCUCAUUAGUUGAUCUUCUACCUGAACUCCCAUUAUGGGUGAUGAAUCCAGACUACGAGCGGGUUGACUGGUUUAAUGAAUUUAUAGCCAAUAUGUGGCCUUAUCUUGACAAGGCAAUUUGUGGAAUUAUUAAAAGCACAACAAAACCUAUUUUUGCAGAGUAUAUUGGCCAGUAUCAGAUAAAAUCUAUUGAGUUUGAGCAACUUACUCUUGGAACAAUUCCUCCUCGAUUCCAUGGUAUUAAAGUACAUCAUUCCAAUGAAAAGGAGCUAGUAUUUGAGUUUGCAGUCAGAUGGGCUGGAAAUCCAAAUAUAGUUGUGGCAUUGAAGUUAUUUUCUCUACAACUCACGGUACAGUUGAUAGAUUUUCAAAUGGCUGCUACAGCAAGGGCAACACUGAAGCCUUUCGUCCCAACUUUCCCAUGCUUUUCAAGCAUAAUAGUAUCGCUGACGAAGAAGCCAGAGGUAGACUUUGGGCUAAGGGUAAUUGGAGGAGAUUUAAUGGCAAUUCCUGGUUUACACCAUUUUGUUCAGGAAACUAUAUGCAAGCAAGUCGCCAGGCUUUACCUCUGGCCACAAACACUUGAUAUACCAAUUCUUGACAGUUCAAUAGGAGCUGUGAAGAAGCCUGUUGGAAUACUGCAUGUGAAGGUUCUGAGAGCACAGAAACUUCUGAACACGGAUUUUUUGAGUAAAUCAGAUCCUUAUGUUAAACUCAGCUUAGGUGGGGACAGGCUUCCGGCCAAGAAGACUACUGUAAAGAUGAACACGCUAAAUCCAGUGUGGAAUGAGGAUUUCAAAUUGACCGUAAAAGAUCCCGAGUCUCAAGUUCUGCAGCUGCAUCUAUAUGACUGGGAAAAGAUUGGGGCACAUGACAAGUUGGGAAUGCAAGUUGUGCCACUGAAGUUGCUGAAUCCAUAUGAGAAGAAAGAACUAACGCUCGAUUUGGUCCACAGCACAAAUCCAAAUGACCCUCAGAACAAGAAGGCGCGAGGCCAGAUUAUGUUGGAAAUGUCCUUCAUUCCUUUCCAAGAAGAUAGCAAAAAGUUUAGUGGACCUCUUCAUAUUCACGAACGAAAGGAGAGUAUUUCAAGCCUUUCAGAUGAUAACUAUUCCUUGCGCGGAGCAGGUUUGCUGUUAGUUACAGUUAUUGGUGCCGAAGAUGUAGAAGGAAAGCACCAUACAAAUCCUUAUGCAGUGGUAGUUCUUAGAGGAGAAAAAAAGAAAACAAAGGCAAGGAACAAAACCUGGAAUCCAAAAUGGGAAGAAGAAUUCCAGUUUGUGUUGGAAGAAGCUCCAUUGAAGGACCUAAUCCAUAUUGAAGUCAAGAGCAAGAAGAGAAGAUUUGGUUUUCGGUCUAAGGAGUUACUUGGCUAUGUAGAUAUCCAACUGAUGGAUGUAAUAUACAACGGACGUAUCAACGAGAAGUACCAUCUCAUCAAUUCUAAAGAUGGAAUUCUACAUGUUGACAUCAGAUGGAAGGUGAAUUUGUAUGCAAUUUGGCAUUACAAGAACAACAACAACAUACUAAGUGUGAUCCUACAAGUGGUGUUUGAGAGGGUGGGGCGUAUGCAGACCUUAUCCCUACCUUUUGUGAGGUACAUAGGUUGUUUCCAAAUGAGACCCUCGACUCACAAUUUGGCUUAUGAAUUAGUGUGAAAUUAGCAUGCAGAUUGUGUGUGUAUAUGUGGAGCAGCACUAACCACAGGUUCUGUUUUCCUUGGCGGUAUAGGGGACACUAAAAUCUUGAAUGCCUUUAGCGAAAAUUUUGGCUUCGCCACUAUCAGUCAGUAUAAGAAUGCGACAUCGCAAAGGUUUUAAAUCUACUUGACCAUUGAGCUAUGCUUUUGGUCUGUGUCAAUGUAAUUUUCAAAAUAUAAUUUAUAGAGGCACAAAACGGUUUUGCCUUAUAUGUUAAGUGUAACCUAAAUCCGGCCCUGAUGACGACGACAACAACAACAACAACGAUAUACCUAGUGUGAUCGCACAAGUUGGGUCUAGGCACGGUGGGAUAUACGCAUACUUUACCCUUACCUUGUGUGAGAUAGAUAUGUUAUUCCGAUAGACCCUCGGCUCGCAAUUUGGCUUAUGAAAUUAGUAUGUAGUUGAAAUCAGGAGGCGUGUGACUGUGUAUAUGUGGAGCAGCACUAACCAUAGGUUAUGUUUGCCUUGGCACUAUAGGAGACACUAAAAUGUAGUGUAUCCUAUAUUUGAAUCAAAUAAGACGUGGUCCCUUGGGGGAUAUCCGAUAAAUGAAAAAUCAAGAAAACUUUGGUGGUCCAA